CCACUAGAUUUUGGGAGUGUGUCUGUAGGUAUUUGUGAUCAUCCAGCUACAAGAACAUAAGUGAUAUCUUCUGAGGAGGUCUGGGGUGUAGUCUGUGUUCAAACCCAAAGGUAUACAGUGGUAGUUGAGAUAAAGAGAAAUUGUAAUGUUACAGCAUACAAAAUGCAUUGUAUACAAUUGUGUGACAGGAGAAGGUCCACAUGCUGUACACCUCAAUGUUCAGGUGUGUAAAGUGUCGCGACUCCUUUAAGAAACAGUCCAUUUCCGGUAUCACGCGUCUCCAUGGUAACGGCUACAAACCGAAGCGAUGAAUAAUUCUUGAUGUCGAGGUGAACAAGUGUCAAAGAAGUGCUGGUAAUUUUAUGUGGAUUUAAAAGAAAGAACUAACUAUUAGUUAGUAAACAAUUAACUGAGAGGGUGAAGGAGGCAGUUGAUUCAAACCGACACGAAGUUUCAGAAUGAACCUGACGGAGUUGGAAGAGCACAUCACACUGAAAUAUGAAAUCAAGAGGAGACUUGGGAAAGGGGCAUAUGGAAUUGUAUGGAAAGCAGUGGACAGGAAGACCGGAGAAACAGUGGCUGUGAAAAAAAUAUUUGAUGCCUUUAGAAACAGAACUGAUGCUCAGAGAACAUUCAGAGAAAUCAUGUUUCUUCAGGAGUUUGGUGAUCAUCCCAAUAUCAUCAAGUUGCUUAACGUCAUCCGAGCCCAGAAUGAUAAAGAUAUUUACUUGGUAUUUGAGUACAUGGAUACCGACCUGCAUGCUGUUAUUAGGAAAGGUAGCCUUUUGAAGGACAUUCAUAAACGAUAUAUCAUGUACCAGCUUCUCAAAGCCACCAAAUAUUUACACUCUGGGAACGUUAUUCACAGGGACCAGAAGCCCUCAAAUAUGCUACUAGAUGCAGACUGCUUUGUCAAACUGUGUGAUUUCGGCUUGGCACGUACCCUGUCCCAGAUUCAAGAGGAUGCUGUGAAUCCGGCUUUAACAGAAUAUGUAGCAACACGGUGGUAUCGUGCUCCUGAGAUUCUCCUCGGCUCCACUAGGUACACGAAAGGGGUGGACAUGUGGAGUGUGGGCUGCAUUCUGGGUGAGAUGUUACUGGGCAAGCCGCUUUUUCCUGGAACCUCGACCAUGAAUCAGAUAGAGAAAAUUAUGAGUUCUAUUCCACAUCCUUUGCCAGAAGACAUCGUGGCCAUCAGGUCAGAGUAUGGAGCAUCUGUAAUUCAGAAAAUGCUACUUAGGCCGCAGGUGCAAUUAGGUGAUUUAAUGCAGCCUUCAGUGCCUCCUGAUGCUCUUGAUCUGCUACAACGCCUGCUUGUCUUUAAUCCAUAUAAACGACUGACUGCAGAGGAGGCUCUCCAGCACCCUUAUGUGGCCAAAUUUCAUAACCCAUCCAGGGAACCUAGUCUGGACUAUGAAGUUAUUCUCGCUGUAGAUGAUGAUGUCCAGCUAUCUGUGACUCAAUACAGAAACAAGCUCUAUGAGAUGAUUCUGGAGAAACGAGCAUCUCGCCAAAUAGCAAGAAAAGCUCAUCUAAAGCAGAAAGCUGAGCAAAGGCCUGGAAGAGAUCUUAGUGAAAACGCUCCGGAUAAAACAAAUAAAAAUGAUAAAGAAUGCAAGAAGACUGAGAAAAAGGAGCCAGAAGGAGACCGGGAAAAGAAAUUGCAACACAACAAAGAGCGACUCGGAGCAGGAUUAGUCGUUUCCAAGCCUGUCACCACACAAGAUCAAACACAACUAGCUGUGGGGAGAAGCAGUCCAGCUGCAAACACCAGCAUAACCAAGACUGUGUACAACCCAAUUACGCAUGUGUCCAAUGUGGUUAGACCCUCCAGUCAACCUUCUUUGGCUGCUCAGCAUCAACAACACAGAUAUGGCAGAAAGGUGGUGCAGCAAUCUCAGAACAAUGACAGCAGUGGCAUUUUGCCUGUACCAGCAUUUAACAAGGGUGUUGAGCAGAGUCAGCAGCGUGGUCAAUCAGCCCCUAUGGGAGGCACGCGCUCCUUUUCUCUCACUCUCUUACAGCCACAAAAUAAUGAUUUGUUUCACAAAGAAGAACCCGUGGUGACACUAGGCCUGUGUGUCACUUCUGCACGGCUGAACCAGCGCUCUCACUCUCAAACUCGGCCUGCAAAGCCUCCCCUUGGGUUUAGCAAGAAAGACUUCCAGAACAACUCAAAUGUUACUUCUUCAGGAGUCCCUCAAACACGACUGGGAAGCAACACUCAGGCCUAUGGAUCCAACAACAGAACAGAGCUGGGCAACCUGCUUCGGGGUCACCAGCAUCUAUAGACGCCUAGACUGCAUAUGUAAAUGCAUUAGAAUAAAAAGAGACAUGCAUCUCUAUCUGAAGGGAUUGCUGUAUGUAGGAUGAUGUAAAAUGUCAUUAAGUUUAAACUAAAUGUAUACUGAAAACUAAAAUGUAGCUUUUCUAGCCAAGUCAUUGAAACUUGUACAGAAAACUUGAACGUCUUGUAAUAAAUAUUAUUUGUAAAUA